CCUUCCUUCAAGGUCUUGGCAGUCUGCUGAACGUGUUUCUGGGAUGGACUCAUCAUGGCGGCCUCCAUCGGAGAGGGGAAGCCGGAGAAUGGAGCAGCGCCGUACGGUAAUUUCUCUAACUAUUAUCACUUCAAUCCUCCAAGCGAGAGACUGCGACUGAUCCCGGCAGCGGAUUUGGCGGCAGAGCUCCCGGCGAGAGGAGGCAGAGCGGCUUUACUGGCUCUGGACGUGGGCUGCAACAGCGGGGACUUCAGUGUCGCUAUGUAUAAGCAUCUUUGUGAGCUGAAACAAAGCCUGAACGUACUUGGUUGUGACAUUGAUGCUGACCUGAUUCAGCGAGCCACAGAAUCCAAUCCGUAUCCGGAAUCUAUUUUAUACAUCACUCUGGAUAUAAUGGACCCUGCUUCCCGCGAGGCUGUGUUAAAGCCCUACUUGGACAAAUGGCACUGUGAUUCUUUUGAUAUUUGCUUUUGCAUGUCAGUGACAAUGUGGAUCCAUCUCCAUCAUGGUGAUAAAGGACUGUUGGAUUUCCUCCUUUGUGUAUCGGGACUUUGCAAGACCUUGCUGAUUGAGCCGCAGCCCUGGAAGUGCUACCGAGCUGCAGCACGCAGACUGCGUAGGCUGGGCGACAGCAAAUUUGACCACUUCAAAACUCUCUCGAUUAAAGGAGACGUGGCCGAGAAGAUUCAGCAAUUCCUGAUUACCAAUUGCAACAUGGAGCUGGUCCACUGUUUUGGGAACACUAAUUGGAACAGGAGUUUACUGCUUUUUAAGAAACGUUCCUUGAACCAAGGCUGAGCCAAAUAAAUCUAGUGUAGCUAACAUAAACUGUAAAUGUUAAAAUUAAGUGUUCUUUUACACUAAACUCGCUGUCUGUGUUUUAUAUAAUUAUGGAUGAAUUUCGUAUUGAAGCUGACCACUAUCGCUGCUCUCUGUUUCUAGUCUUGAGUGGAUCACUGUAGAUGGAAACUCAGUUUGUCUCUACAUUGGCCCAACAAUGAAAAUUUCUUUGGCUAACUUUAUAAGCUUAUGUAUCAUCAGUAUGACAGGCCAGCUUAUAAAGGUGUUUUGACCUGACUUUCCUAUAUUUUUAAAAUUCCCUCUUUUCAUCAAGCUUUUUUAUAAAUUUGAUUAGUGACAGUGAAUAUUAUUUGCAUUGUUGCAUCGUUAUCCCCUUACCUUCCCAAAAGCCAACAUUCUGCCAGGUUUGAGUCACAGCCCAGGAAAAGGCCCUUUCACCCAUCUAUUCCAUGCUGAACUGCUAAUCCCAUCGGCCCGCACCUGGACCAUAGCCCUCCGUACCUCCUCCCUCAUCCAAACUUCUGUUAAGUAUUGAGUCGAACCCGCAUCCACCACUUCUGCUGGCAGCUCGUUCCAUAUUUGCACCACCCUCUGAGUGAAGAAGAUCACGCCCAGGUUCCCUUAAAUAUUUCACCUUUCACACUUAACCUACAGUCAGUGGCCACUUUAUUAGAUACAGGAGUGGAACCUGGUGUGGUCUUCUGCUGCUGUCGCCCAUCCACUUCAAGGUUCGACGUGUGUUCAGAGAUGCUCUUCUACACACCACUGUUGUAAUGUGUGGUUAUUUGAGUUACUGUCGUCUUCCUGUCAGCUUGAAGCAGUCUGGCCAUUCUCCUCUGACCUCUCUCAUUAACAAGGUGUUUUCACCCACAGAACUGCCACUCACUGGAUGUUUUUAUUUUUCUCACCAUUCUCUGUAAAUUUUAGAGAUUGUUGUGCAUGAAAAUAUCAGGAGAUCAGCAGUUUCUGAGAUACUCAAACCACCCCAUCUGGCACCAACAAUCAUUCCAUGAUCAAAGUUACUUGGGUCACAUUUCUUACCAAUUCUGAUGUUUGGUCUGAACAACAGCUGAACCUCUUGACUAUGUCUGCUUGCUUUUAUGCAAUGAAUUGCUGCCACUUGAUUGGCUGAUUAGAUAUUUGCAUUAAUGAGCAGGUGUACCUAAUAAAGUGGCCACUGAGUGUAUGACCUUUAGUUCUCACCUAACUCAACCUUAGUGGAAAAAACUUGCCUGUAUUUACCCCAUCUAAACCACUCACAAUUUUGUAUACCUCUAUCAAAUCUCUCCUUAUUCUUCUACACUCUAUGGAAUAAAACUCUUAACUUAUACAACCCUCAAGUCCCAGCAAUGUCCUUGUAAAUUUUCACUGUACUCUUUCAGUCUUAUCAAUUCUUUCCUGUAGGUAGGUGACCGGCACUACACAUAAUACUCCAAAUUAGGCGUCACCAACAUCUUGUAUUGAUUUAUGAAGGCAAAUAUGCACAAGCUUUCUUUAUGACCUGUGACACCACUUUCAAGGAAUUAUGGAUCUGUAUUCCCAGAUCCCUUUGUUCUACUGCACUCCCCAGUGCCUGUGUAAGACCUACCCUGGUUUGUCCUCCCAAAGUGUAACACCUCACAUUUAUUUGAGUUACAUCUUUUCUGUUUUAUCAGCUUCUGUUUGUUUUCUUUUCAAGAGAAGCCUCUAUUUCAUGGUUUGGAAUUAAGAGGACAUUCCGUUUGCUUCGAGCUCCUCAGCCACUGGAAUUGCGUGGUAUCCCCAAUUUUCCUGAUUGCAUGAAAACACUGAUCUGCUUCCCUUAUUCUGAAUGGAAUACUAUUGUGCUCCUUCCUGCUUCAGCUGUGGUGUUAUCCAGGAUCUGGGUACAAGUCUGGCCCAGUGCAGUGUCAUCCAGUCCCAAUUGCCAUCUUCCCUUAAUGGUUAAACCAAGACCUGUUUACCUUCUGCUGCUUCAUGUAGCUCUGGUAUUUAUAAUUGAAUAGGCAAUCGCUGGGUGCUUUGGCCAGCCUUCAUCCCUAAAGAGGCAAUAAUCUGGAUUUAAUCGCGCUGACAGUUAGAUUGAGCCCCCUGUAACACACUUUGUCGGAGUCCUCCCAUGAGCUGUCUCAAAGUUUAAUAAGUGAUUAGAAGCCUGUUCAGAAUAUGGUUGUGAGCUUUAGGGUGGGAAUUCCAACUGUGUUUAAUCUAGAAAGAAUGCAGCAAAGUUUCAAAGAUAUUACUAUGUAGGGCUCUCAGUGUACUAGCUGGACUGUUAACUGUUAAUCACUUAUUACCAAAAUGGCUUCUCUGAAGAGUUAUAUUAAAAUGGCUUCUCGUACUGUUAACUGCUGAGCAAGGGGUUCUCUGUAACAGCAAUAUUUGGGUUAUACUAUGUGAUAAUGGAAAUUGUAUUCAUUUGCUAGCCAAUGGAAGUCAUGUUCUGUUAUCUUGUAUAUGUGUGCUAAGUUGAGGAGCGCGGGCUUUAUCGGGAGGCAAGCAGAGAGGACGGAUGUGCGGGGAAUGGACAGCGGUUCCAGGGCGGCGGACACCGGACCUCGAGGGUUCGGAUGGUGGCCGGAGUCUCGGAAGGACGUUGUGGAAGGAAUCAGAGGCGUGAGCUCCAACGUAUUAAAAUAUUAUGUGCACAAGACUGAUAAGUUACUUAUGUGGCGCCUUUUCUUGUAGUUGUUUCUACUAACCCAUCACCAAAAAUUUGCUAUAAAGUAUAAUUCUUUACUCGCACUUUGUAUAUUGUUUC